GCGCGCUUCUGACGCACACGCGCGCUCGCUCCUUCGGGGCGGCGGUUUCGAGCGGGCGGGCGCGCGCCGCGCCGCGUGACGCCGCUGCGUGGCGCCGGCCCCCGCGCACGCAAGGCCCAACCCCUUGCCCUCUCUCUCCCUCUGUCUCCGUGCCCCGCCCCCCUCGCCCGACCGUCCUCACUCCUGUGUCGGGAACGCGCCGGGCCGCCCCGACCCUCCGUCUCCGCGGGACUCGCUCGCUGGCCGGGCGGCGCGCGCGCGCGCGGUGGGUCCCCCCCGCUGCCUCAGGCCCCCACGCCCCGUCAGGCCGCCCCCUCAGCCCCGCCAUGCCGGAGAAGCGGCCCUUCGAGCGGCUGCCGGCCGAGGUGUCCCCGCUCAACUACGGGCUCUGCCUCAAGCCCGACCUCCUCGACUUCACCUUCGAGGGCAAGCUGGAGGCGGCCGUACAGGUGAGACAGGCAACCAAUCAAAUUGUGAUGAAUUGUGCUGACAUUGACAUUAUUACUGCCUCCUAUGCACCAGAGGGAGAUGAAGAAAUACACGCCACGGGAUUCAACUAUCAAAAUGAAGAUGAGAAAGUUACUCUCUCCUUUCCCAGUACUCUACAAAAAGGGACAGGGACGUUAAAGAUAGACUUUGUUGGAGAAUUGAAUGAUAAAAUGAAAGGUUUCUAUAGAAGUAAAUAUACCACCCCUUCCGGAGACACGCGCUAUGCUGCUGUCACUCAGUUUGAGGCCACUGAUGCUCGCAGAGCCUUCCCUUGCUGGGAUGAACCUGCUAUUAAGGCGACAUUCGAUAUCUCAUUGGUUGUCCCUAAAGACAGAGUAGCUUUGUCAAAUAUGAAUGUCACUGAUCGGAAGCCAUACCCUGAUGAUGAAAAUCUGGUGGAAGUGAAGUUUGCCCGCACACCUGUGAUGUCAACGUACCUAGUAGCAUUUGUGGUGGGAGAAUAUGACUUUGUAGAGACCAGGUCAUCUGAUGGUGUGUUAAUCCGUGUUUACACUCCUGUUGGCAAAGCAGAACAGGGAAAGUUCGCAUUAGAGGUUGCUGCUAAAACUCUGCCUUUUUAUAAGGGCUACUUCAAUGUUCCUUAUCCUCUUCCUAAAAUUGAUCUCAUAGCUAUUGCAGACUUUGCAGCUGGUGCCAUGGAGAACUGGGGCCUUGUUACUUAUAGGGAGACUGCACUGCUGAUUGAUCCCAAAAAUUCCUGCUCUUCGUCCCGCCAGUGGGUUGCUUUGGUUGUGGGACAUGAACUUGCUCAUCAGUGGUUUGGAAACCUUGUCACCAUGGAAUGGUGGACCCACCUCUGGCUGAAUGAAGGCUUUGCCUCCUGGAUUGAGUAUCUCUGUGUAGACCACUGCUUCCCAGAAUAUGAUAUCUGGACUCAGUUUGUUUCUGCUGAUUACACACGAGCUCAAGAGCUUGAUGCCUUAGACAACAGUCAUCCUAUUGAAGUCAGCGUGGGCCACCCAUCUGAAGUAGACGAAAUAUUUGAUGCUAUUUCUUAUAGCAAAGGAGCAUCUGUAAUCCGAAUGUUACAUGACUACAUUGGAGAUGAGGAUUUUCGGAAAGGAAUGCAUUUGUACUUAACCAGGUUCCAGCAGAGGAAUGCAGCUACAGAGGACCUUUGGGAGAGCCUGGAGAAAGCCAGUGGUAAACCUAUAGCUGCUGUAAUGAAUACAUGGACCAAACAAAUGGGAUUCCCACUCAUUUAUGUGGAAGCAGAGCAGCAAGAAGAGGACAAAGUUCUGAAGUUAGUCCAGAAGAAGUUCUGUGCCAGUGGACCAUAUAGCGGGGAGGACUGCCCUCUGUGGAUGGUCCCCAUUAGUAUUUGUACAAGUGAUGACCCCAGCUGUGCCAAAAUGCAAGUGCUGAUGGACAAGCCAGAGCUGACGUUGGUUUUGAAAGAUGUUAAACCAGGCCAGUGGGUGAAGUUAAACCUGGGAACAGUCGGGUUUUACCGUACUCAGUACAGCCCUGACCUGCUGGAGAGUUUAAUACCAGCGAUCCAAGACCUCUCCCUACCCCCUGUGGACAGACUUGGGCUGCAGAAUGAUCUCUUCUCUCUGGCCCGAGCUGGAAUCAUUAGCACUGUAGAUGUUCUAAAAGUCAUGGAGGCUUUUGUGAAUGAGCCCAAUUAUACAGUGUGGAGCGACCUGAGCUGUAACCUGGGGAUUCUCUCAACUCUCUUGUCCCACACAGACUUCUAUGAGGAAAUCCAGGUGUUUGUGAAAGAUGUCUUUUCACCCAUAGGGGAGAGGCUGGGAUGGGACCCCAAACCUGGAGAGGGUCAUCUGGAUGCACUUCUGAGGGGCCUGGUUUUGGGAAAACUAGGAAAAGCUGGGCAUAAGGCAACAUUAGAAGAAGCGCGACGUCGGUUUAAGGACCACGUAGAAGGAAAACACAUCCUGUCAGCUGACCUGAGAAGUCCUGUAUAUGUAACGGUUUUGAAGCAUGGAGAUGGUGCUACUUUAGACACUAUGUUAAAGCUACACAAACAAGCAGAGAUGCAGGAGGAGAAGAACCGAAUUGAGCGAGUUCUCGGAGCCAUCUCUCAACCUGAACUGAUCCAAAAAGUUCUGACCUUUGCACUUUCAGAAGAGGUACGUCCCCAGGAUACCGUGUCUGUUAUCGGUGGAGUGGCUGGAAGCAGCAAGCAGGGGAGAAGAGCUGCCUGGAAAUUUGUAAAGGACAAUUGGGAGGAACUUUAUAAUCGCUAUCAGGGUGGAUUCUUAAUAUCCAGACUAAUAAAGCUAUCGGUGGAUGGAUUUGCAAUUGAUAAAAUGGCUGCAGAAGUUAAGGCCUUCUUUGAGACUCACCCUGCUCCAUCAGCAGAACGCACUGUCCAGCAGUGCUGUGAAAAUAUCUUGCUGAAUGCAGCUUGGCUGAAUCGGGACGCCGAGAGCAUCCACCAAUAUCUUCUGCAGCGCAAGGCCCCGCCAGCCAUGGUGUGAAUCUGUGCAUGCGGCUGCUGCAAUCCUACUGCCUCGUCAGGGGGAGAGGGAGGAGCUACCCAACAGCUGAUUCAUAUGCCAAGAAUUUGGAGUCUUUUCUCAAAGCGAUGGGGAUUGGACAAUGAAUGUAGUUAACUGGUUCCUGCUCACACUCCAGAAUUAAAUUCUAUUAAAAAAAAAUUAUCAGCAAUUCAGCAAAAAACAAGUCUGUAAAUAUGAUAGUAAUAAAAUAGAGCAUAACAAAACUGUGAAACUUC